GUGGCGCUAGUGAGUAAAGCAUAAAAAAAACACAGCUGAGAUGUGAGGCAUUGUUUAUUUUGCGUGGUUAGGUAGCUCGUUUAAUCGCUGAAAAUAUCAUUGUCUCUCACUAUGAAUCAGCGGAAUACACUAGUUCUGCAUUUCAAGGGCUCUGUUAGUCAUCGAUAGCCGUUAAAGUCGUUGUCGUCCUUUAAGAAAGGUGUUCAUGGUGUUAUUUGUGUAGUGUGAGGUGCGCGCGCGCGUCUUGAGGAGCUCCAAGAGGACUAUAUACAUUUUAAUGCACAUAUUGUAAUACUUAUCGAUCUGCUCGAUAUACUAAGUGCUUCAGCCUACUGACAGCUUAUAUUUUUGCAAUACACCGCCGUCGGAUCUUCGAAGCGCGUCGCUUCGCUGCAUCGGGUGCGAGAUUUGACGCUUGGAUAAGCUUUAGGACAGCGACUCCAUACUGGACCACCUAUAUAAGAUUUGUUUGAUGUCCUCGUGAGGAAAUCGAACUGAAGAUGUGGGUGAACCCUGAGGAGGUGUUGUUGGCCAGCGCGUUAUGGAUGACAGAGAGAGCGAAUCCGUAUUUCAUCCUGCAGAAGAGAAAGGGCCAUGGAGACGGCGGAGGAGGACUCGCGGGUCUGCUGGUUGGCACCCUUGACGUCGUGUUGGACUCCAGCGCCCGUGUGGCCCCGUACAGGAUUCUCUACCAGACCCCUGAUUCCCUGGUUUACUGGACCAUCGCCCACGGGAGCUCUCGUAAGGAGAUCACGGAGAACUGGGAAUGGCUGGAGCAGAAUCUGCUGCAGACACUCUCCAUCUUCGAGAAUGAGAAUGACAUCACCACUUUCGUCAAGGGCAAAAUACAGGGCAUUAUAGCAGAAUACAACAAGAGCCACGACAUCAAAGAGGAUGACGAUACGGACAAGUUCAAGGAGGCCAUCGCUAAGUUUCGUAAGCUCUUUGUCAUGCCGGAGGAGGAGAAGCUGGUGAACUACUACUCCUGCAGCUACUGGAAGGGGAAGGUGCCACGGCAGGGCUGGCUGUACCUCAGCAUCAACCACCUUUGCUUUUACUCCUACCUGCUCGGAAAAGAGGCUAAGCUGGUGAUCCGCUGGGCUGACAUCACUCAGCUGGAGAAGAACGCCACACUCCUGCUGCCAGACAUGGUGCGCGUCAGCACACGCUGCAGCGAGCACGUCUUCUCCGUCUUCCUGAACAUCAACGAGACCUUCAAACUUAUGGAGCAGCUGGCCAACAUAGCCAUGAGACAGCUGCUGGACAACAAGGGCUUUGAGCAGGACCGCUCUCUGCCCAAACUCAAGAAGAAGUCGCCCAAGAAAGUGUCGGCCCUCAAAAGAGAUCUGGACGCCAGGGCUAAAAGCGAGCGAUACCGGGCGCUUUUCCGCCUGCCGAAAGACGAGAAAUUGGACGGCCACACGGACUGCACGCUAUGGACCCCCUUCAACAAGAUGCACAUCCUCGGACAGAUGUUUGUCUCCACUAAUUACAUCUGCUUCACCAGUAAAGAGGAGACCAUCUGCAGCCUGAUCAUCCCACUCAGAGAGGUGACGAUUGUUGAGAAAGCUGAUAGCUCCAACGUCCUUCCCAGUCCCUUGUCAAUCAGCACCAAAAACAAAAUGACCUUCCUCUUUGCCAACCUCAAAGACCGGGACUUCCUGGUGCAGAGGAUCUCAGACUUCCUACAGCAGACCACUUCUAAAAUCUACUUUGAGCGGGAAAUCACAGGCAGCCUCAGCAGCUCAGACGACGAGGUGUACUCGCAGCAGGGCAGUGUUCUGUCAUGCAGUCCUCAGUGCAGCGCUCUCGGCUCUGAGGGAGAGAGUGAGAGGCAGUUCAAUCUCAAUGAUAACAGGGUUCCCACCGCAACACAAGCCCUGAUGACCAUGUACCGCCGGCGCUCCCCGGAGGAGUUCAACCCCAAACUGGCUAAAGAGUUUCUGAAGGAGCAGGCCUGGAAGAAUCACUUCACCGAAUACGGCCAGGGAGUGUGUAUGUACCGCACGGAGAAGACCAAAGACCUGGUGCUGCAGGGCAUCCCGGAGAACAUGAGAGGAGAGCUGUGGCUCCUGUUUUCUGGGGCGAUUAACGAGAUGGCCACUCAUCCUGGUUAUUAUGAGGAUCUGGUGGAGAAGUCGAUGGGGAAAUAUAAUCUGGCCACAGAGGAGAUCGAGAGAGACCUGCACCGGUCUCUCCCGGAGCAUCCGGCCUUUCAGAAUGAGAUGGGCAUCGCCGCCCUGCGUCGAGUCCUCACUGCGUACGCCUUCCGCAACCCCAAUAUCGGCUACUGCCAGGCCAUGAACAUCGUGACCUCCGUCCUGCUGCUGUACGCUAAAGAGGAAGAGGCCUUUUGGCUCCUGGUGGCCUUAUGUGAGCGGAUGCUUCCCGAUUACUACAACACCAGAGUCGUAGGUGCUUUGGUGGACCAGGGUGUGUUCGAGGAGCUGGCUCAUGUCUACGUUCCUCAGCUGUAUGACUGCAUGCAGGCGCUGGGCGUCAUCUCCACCAUCUCCCUCUCGUGGUUCCUCACACUCUUCCUGUCCGUCAUGCCCUUCGAGAGCGCCGUGGUGGUGGUCGACUGCUUCUUCUACGAGGGCAUCAAGGUCAUCUUCCAGCUGGCUCUGUCCGUGCUCGACGCUAACAUCCAUCAGCUGCUGAGCUGUAAAGAUGACGGAGAAGCCAUGACCAUCCUGGGCAGGUAUCUGGACAGCGUGACCAAUAAGGACAGCACCCUUCCUCCGAUCCCUCAUCUUCACUCUCUCCUGACGGAUAACGGUGAGCCUCAUCCUGAGGUGGACAUCUUCAAACUUGUGCGCAGCUCAUAUGAGAAGUUCGGCUCCAUUCGAGCAGAUGUGAUCGAGCAGAUGAGGUUCAAACAGAGACUGAGGGUGAUCCAGGCCAUUGAAGACACCACCAAACGCAAUGUGGUGCGGACCAUCGUGACGGAGACGCCUUUCAGCAUUGAUGAGCUGGAGGAGCUCUACACACUCUUUAAGGCUGAGCAUCUGACCAGCUGUUACUGGGGCACCACCAGCAACCCCAUGAGCCGCCACGACCCGAGCCUGCCAUACCUGGAGCAGUACCGUAUCGAUCUGGAGCAGUUCAAGGGCCUGUUCGCGCUGCUCUUCCCCUGGGCCUGCGGCUCGCACACCGACGAUCUGGCCCUGCGAUUCUUCCGUCUGCUGGACCACAACGCAGACGCGCUCAUCAACUUCAGAGAGUUCAUCAGUGGCUUGAGUGUCCUGUGUCAUGGUGACCUGACGGAAAAACUCAAAUUUCUGUAUAAGAUUCACGUACUUCCAGAGCUGCACCAUGAGCAGGAGGAGCCGGACUCGGCCUGUGAAGCCACACAGUAUUUCUUUGAGGACAUCACCCCAGAGACCUCCAGCGGCCUCGACCCCAAGAACAGAACCGAGAAGGAUGAUGGAUUCGUCAGAGUCACUUUCAAGAACGAAAAAGUGAAGAAAACGCACACUCCAGAUUACCGCACGUACCUCCGUCUGUGGAACCAGGAGACCAAAGCAAAGCUGGAGAACAUGAAAGAUCUGCCCAAACUCAACCAGAGUCAGUUCAUCGAGCUGUGUAAGACUCUCUACAACAUGUUCAGUGAAGACCCCAGCGAGCAGGAGCUGUAUCACGCCACUGCUACGGUCACCAGCCUGCUGCUGGAGAUGGGAGAGGUGGGCAAACUCUUCUGCAGUCCCGCUAACAAGGACGAGGAGGAGGAGGAGGACGACGAAGAGGACGACCGCAUCCCGGUGUGCAGAAGCAAGCGGGAGAGAGCGCGACACAAGCCCUGUGAUAGCGAUAUUAACUCCUCCAGCACGGGCCCAUUAGACGACAUCAAACUGGAGGACUCAUCUCCCAAAGACACCGGCACGUCCUCCGCCAUGCUCAUCUCAGACGACGAGACCAAAGACGACACGUCCAUGUCCUCGUACUCCGUCCUGAGCGCCGGCUCCCACGAGCUGGACGAUAAGCUUCAGUGUGAGGACAUCGCGGAGGACACUGUUCUCAUACGCAAUGGCGGGACACAUAGGGGAGUGGGGCAUCAUGGGAGAGGUGGUCUGCCUCACAGUGCCAGCAUCGAUAAGGACUGGGCCAUCACAUUCGAGCAGUUCCUGGCCUCUGUGCUCACCGAACAAGCCCUGGUACAGUACUUCGAGAAGCCUGUUGAGAUCGCAGCGCGAAUUACUAACGCCAAGAAUGUUCGCAAGGUGGGACACCAACACAUGUCCGUCAGUGACUAUGAGAUCUCGCUAUCAGGCUAAUGUGCUAAACUUAAACUAUUACCUCUCCAUUCACAAACUGUGUUUCAAGAUUAAAGGCGUACAGUAGUUCAUCCAAAAAUGAAAGUUAUACCAUCAUUUACUCACUGUCAUGUCGUUCCAUUACUUUUUUUAUUACUUAGUUAUUUCAUGGAAAGUUAAUGCUAGUUUUUACCCAUACAGUGAAAGUAAAUGGUGACCAUCUCUGUCAAGCUAAAAACUGACAAAAAGCACCAUAAUAAUUGUUUGUGCACUAUUUAUUGAGUUUUCUCAAGCCAUACAAUAGCAAAUAACAACUUAAAUUCUAGUAUGUUCCUCACACAAAACAAUUAUAUGACUUCUUGUAAUCAUAUUGGCCACUUUUAUUGUCAUAUUUGGAGGUUGAAAUCUCCAGUCCCCGUUAACUUGCAAUGUAUGGAAAUAAGCAGCAUGGACAUUUGGCUAAAUAUCUCCUUUUGUGUUCUACCUUAUAUAUAUAUAUAUAUAUAUGUCAAAUUUGGAAUGAUAUGUGGGGUCAGCAAAUGAUGACAGCUUUUAUUUUUGGUGAACUAUGCCUUUAACCGGCCACCUAAUUUAUCUACUCUUAACCAAUGGAUCUCAUCUUAAAUCAGUAUGAAACUUCAAAGGCUUCAUGUUUGCGUGAGCUCGUUAUGGACGGACAGUAAUGAGUUUUCCCAGAGGCUCUUCUUUGAUCUAAUGACGGAUGGACCAUGAUGUGACCAACAGAAUGACCUUUUUACCUGUACAAAGUCUGAGAGGAACUGUUGUAUACUACUAUGUGCUUGAUGUGCUUUAUAUAUAAAGAAAUGGUUACUAAUAGUAUCUAAUACAGUUAGACUGUUUAUCAUAGUUAUCGUGUCUAGAAUAGCUCACUAGUCCUGAUUGGGCGAAACACGUCUUGAGUCUGAAAAAACAUUUUCUUAAUCAGUAUUUUUGUGUUGUGUUCCAAUAAAUGUAUGUAAAGGUCCUAAAAAUAAUACCAGUUUACUUGGGAAUCAAAACUGCGUGCAAUCACAAGACUUUUUAGAAAAUAUAUUGCAUUUAUUUAUUUAUUUAUUUAUUUGUUUGUUUGUAAGGAUGAACCUCAAUAGGAAUUUUUAGAUUUAUGCUGAAAACAAAAAAGAUGAUUUUAAUACAAGUUUAUUUGGAAGAACAAUACAAUACUUUACAUACUUUAAUUGAUAUUAUAUUUUCUAAAAUAGCCUCAUGCAAUCUUAUGCAGUGUUGCUUCUCAAGUAUCUUCUCAAGAUAUUUUUACUUUAAAAAUUAGACAAAAAUACAGAUUAAGAGAAUGGUUUUGAUUUUAGAGUAUAGUAAAUCAUCUCUAAUGUGAGAGCGUUCACUGGGAUAAUGGGAAAAUACGUAUGUGAGAUCUAACCCAGCAAACUCUUGAAAAAGAGGACGCUAGGACAUGAAAUGCUGGGAUUGUUGGAACUAUGUGCCACAAAAUCACCUGUAAUUUCCCAGAUUUCACAUUUCUCUCUUCCUCUCUCAAUUCCUUUGCACCUGCACUUUGGGUUUUUCUUCUUUGUUAAAAGUGAGGAUGUUUGUAACCUGUCAGCGCUGAAAUAUCGGAUAUGAAUCAGCUGAGAGACUAUGCAGUCCAGCUGUGUAUAAUAUCUGACAUUCACAGUUUAUAGUGUAUCCUGAAGACUACGGUUGUGUACAGUUUUUCAUUUGCUGUGUUCUCACCAGGCAUGUAGCAUGUCUGCGCACCUUCCCCUAACUUAUUUUGUUUGUUUGUUUUUUAAAUAGAUGAGUUUUUACUUUAUUUCAUGCUGCUGUUUUUAAGUUUACGUUUUUAUUGUGAAUUGUUCAAAUUGACCUGUAAAUUAUUCAGACCACUUCCAGGAAUUAAAUGUAUAAAAAGAAAA